AUGGCAUUAUCUGCAGCUUUCUCACAUAGCUCCUUCUCAUGCCUAUCAACAUUCUCAAAAGACCCUAGAAAAAUCCCAACUGGGCACUUAAGAUUAAUAAGAGCUGUAAAAUCCUCUGAACCACAGAAUGAGAAGAUUGCCCAGACUGAAGCAAAAGAGAGUUCAUCAUCCAAUGCAAAACCCACUACUACAGCACCUCCCAAGCCCAAAAAACCUGUUUAUUCUAUGAAAAAGGGCCAGAUUGUGAGAGUGGACAAAGACAAAUAUCUCAACAGUGUAAAUUAUUUAUCCGUGGGGCAUCCUCCUUAUUACAAAGGCCUGGACUACAUAUAUGAAGACCGUGGAGAGGUGCUGGAUUUGCGUUUCUUCGAGACAGGAGAAUAUGCACUUAUUGCAUGGGUAGGAAUACCAACUGCACCAGCUUGGCUUCCCACAGAAAUGCUCAUCCAGUCAGAUAAGCUCAAUUAUGAGAGAAUGUAG